AUGGCGCUACGACAUGCCGCGACGGCGGCGCUCGCCGGCCUUUCCUCAAGCGCUGCAGCCUUGUACAUCAAUGGUUCGGUCACGGCGCCCUGCGACUCGCCAAUCUACUGCCAUGGCGAACUGCUCAAAGGCGUCGAAUUGGCGCAUCCCUUCGUCGACAGCAAGACAUUUGUGGACAUGCCCACGCUCAAGCCGGUAGACGAAGUGCUUGCAGCGUUCAGCAAGUUGCGCCAGCCGCUGUCUAACAACUCGGAGCUCAACAACUUCCUGGCCGAAUACUUUGCCCCGGCUGGACACGAGCUCGAAGAGGUGCCCAAGGGCGAGUUGCAGAUCGACCCCAAGUUCCUCAACAAGCUCGAGGAUCGCACCAUCAAAGAAUUCGUCAGCAAGGUGAUCGACAUCUGGCCCGACCUUACCAGGCGCUAUGCCGGCCCGGGCGACUGCUCCGGAUGCGCCAACAGCUUCAUCCCCGUGAACCGCACGUUCGUCGUGGCUGGCGGCCGCUUCCGGGAGCCCUACUACUGGGACUCGUACUGGAUUCUCGAGGGCCUCUUGCGCACCGGCGGUGCCUUCACCCAGAUCUCCAAGAACAUCAUCGAGAACUUCCUCGACUUUAUCGACACGAUCGGCUUCAUCCCCAACGGCGCCAGGAUCUACUACUUGAACAGGUCUCAGCCCCCUCUCCUGACGCGGAUGGUGAAGAGCUACGUCGACUACACCAACGACACGAGCAUCCUGGAGAGGGCCCUACCGCUGUUGAUCAAGGAGCACGACUUCUUCACCAACAACCGGAGCGUGUCCGUCACGGCGUCGAACGGCAAGACGUAUACUCUGCACAGGUACCACGUUGAAAACAACCAGCCGCGCCCGGAGUCGUACCGGGAGGACUACAUUACCGCUAAUAACGGGUCCUACUACGCGGCCUCGGGCAUAAUAUACCCGGUCAAGACACCCCUUAACGAGACGGAAAAGGCCGUGUUGUACUCCAACCUAGCCAGCGGCGCCGAGUCCGGCUGGGAUUACACCGCGCGAUGGCUUCGGGUUCCCGACGACGCUGCGAGGGACGUCUACUUCCCGCUCCGCUCGCUGAAUGUUCGCGAGAUGGUCCCCGUUGACCUCAACUCCAUCCUCUACGAGAACGAGGUUAUCAUCGCCGAGUACCUCGAAAAGGCCGGCAACUCCUCGGAAGCCAAGCGGUUCGCCUCGGCUGCCAAGCAGCGCAGCGAAGCCAUGUACAAUCUCAUGUGGAACGCCACGCACUGGUCCUACUUUGACUACAAUCUGACCUCCAACGCGCAAAACAUUUUCGUUCCGGCCGACGAGGACACCGCCUCCUUCGACCGAUAUGCGGCUCCGCCAGGUCAGCAGGUCUUGUUCCACGUCGCCCAGCUCUACCCCUUCUGGACCGGCGCGGCCCCCGCCCACCUCAAGUCUAACCCCCUCGCGGUGCAAAAAGCCUAUGCCCGCGUGUCGCGCAGGCUCGACACCAAGAAGGGCGCUAUCGCCGCGACCAACUACCGCACCGGCCAGCAGUGGGACCAGCCCAACGUCUGGCCUCCGCUGCAGCACGUCCUGAUGCAGGGCCUGCUUAACACCCCGGCCACCUUUGGCGAGUCUGACCCGGCUUACCAGGGCGUGCAGAAGCUGGCCUUGCGCCUCGCCCAGCGCUACUUGGACUCCACCUUUUGCACUUGGUAUGCCACGGGCGGCUCGACCAGCGACUUCCCACAGCUACAGGGCGUCAGCCCGGACGCUACGGGCAUCAUGUUUGAGAAGUACGCCGACAGCGCUACCAACGUGGCCGGCGGCGGCGGCGAGUAUGAGGUCGUCGAGGGUUUCGGGUGGACCAACGGCGUGCUGAUCUGGGCCGCUGAUGUCUUCGGUAACAAGCUCAAGCGCCCAGACUGCGGCAACAUCACGGCCGCGCACACUCACUCUGAGGCUAAGAGGAGCCUGGGAGAUGGCGGGCUGGCGAGAAGGGCGGUGGAGCUUGAUCCGUGGGAUGCCGCGUGGACCAAGAUGUUUGGGCGGAGCAAGCUCCGGAGGAGAGAGGCGGAGGACGUGCGGAAGCGGUGGUCGAGUUGAGGAUCCGAUUCAUAUUGCUAAUGAGCGAUGGCCUGUUGUACUUUUGCUUUUAUGCGGUAUCUUUUUACUCUUUAGUGUCUCCGUCUUGUUCGCGCUGGCAGACCUUAUCCGGUCGCGUAGUCGGGCAACGGAGGAGGUUGCUAUCUGUAUCUGGGCCUCAGCUCGAUAGCUCGCCAUCUAUGAGGAGGUCGAGCUUAUUUACGAUAGUACCAACCGAAAUAAUGAUUAUUUAGCUAUUUCUUCACACG